AUGUGUAUGGGUGAGAGGGAACCAACUGGAGGCACUCAUAAAGAGAUACACACGCACGAACGCAUCACUUACCCACCGCCCUCUCUCAAGGUUUGUCUGCGGCGUGUCUUCGAUUUUCCAUCCUUUGAGGGUUAUUAUUUUGUAGCAAUGGCAGGUGCUCGUCCAAAUGGUCCUCAUUAUUCACGACCCUUAGUGGCCCUUCUUGAUGGAAGGGAUUGUACGGUAGAGAUGCCCAUACUGAAGGAUGUAGCAACGGUUGCAUUUUGCGAUGCUUCCGGGACGGCUGAAAUUCAUGAAAAGGUGCUUAAUGAAGCCUUUGGAGCCUUGAUGUGGCACUCAAUUUCCCUUAAUCGUGAGGACUUGCAGAAGUUCAAGAACCUUAAGAUUAUUGUGCGUAUCGGAAGUGGUUGCGAUAAUAUUGAUAUUAAAACUGCUGGGGAAUUAGGAAUUGCAGUUUGUAAUGUUCCUGGCUUUGGUGUCGAGGAAGCUGCCGACACUACAAUGUCUCAUAUUUUGAACCUUUACCGCCGUACUCCUUGGCUCGCUGAUAUGGUUCGCAGUGGGAAACGCAUUAAUGGACCAGAACAUUUAAAAGACGCUGCCGCUGGGACUGCUCGUAUUCGUGGCGAUACUUUAGGCAUCGUUGGCCUUGGCCGAAUUGGAGCUGCAGUAGCACUUCGUGCAAUAGCAUUCGGAUUCCGAGUUGCAUUUUACGACCCCUAUCUCUGCGAUGGUAUUGAAAAGUCCCUUGGCAUUGUUCGCGUUUACAAUCUCCAAGAUCUUCUUUAUCAGAGUGAUUGCGUUUCUCUUCAUUGCACUUUGCACGAUCAAAAUCGUGGAAUGAUUAAUGCGGAUACUAUUAAAAUGAUGCGGAAAGGAGCUUUCUUAGUUAAUACAUCUCGUGCUGGUUUGAUUGAUGAAGUCGCCUUAGCCAGUGCUCUCAAGUCAGGUGUUAUUCGAGCAGCUGCAUUAGAUGUCAUGGAUUCAGAUCUCCUAUCUGGUCCUCUGAAGGAUGCACCCAAUCUUAUUGUGACCCCACAUAUGGCAUACUACAGCGAGAGUAGUGUAAGAGAAAUGCGUGAAGCUGCUGCCAAUGAAAUUCGACGCGCGCUCAUUAACAGGGGUCACGCGGGACUACGUAAUUGUGUCAACAAGGAGUACUUGCAAGGUGCACAAUCGAAUCCCUACAGCGGUUUAAAUAGUCAUGGUAAUAAUCCCCUAGCUCUUGCUAACGCUGCUGCUCUGAACAACCACGCUGCAAUGGCUGCAGUACUCUCGAUGCCCCCUUUUGCAGGAACUGCUGGUGCUGGCUCCAUGGGGCUCACUUUACCUCCAGGUCUCCUUGCAAAUAAUUUCGCAUCAGCUGGUGGCCUGGGUGGACCAUCUAAUAACAAUGGGGGAUUGCCUGGUCCUCAUGGACCAGGAGGUCCUAGUGGCCCUGGAGGUCUUUUAGGAAACAAUGCACCAUCUUCCAUUCCUGGUCUACUUCCACCACCUCCCGGAAGUGGUGGUAAUCCUCCACAGUUUUCUCAAAGUGGCAUCCCAGGUCCUUACGGUCCAUUCCUUGCCCCCAAUUUCUCUGCUAGUCUUUCUGCUUUGGCUAACCAACAACAGCAGUCCUCGCAAAAUCCAAGCCAGCAACAAAAUCAAUCGUCUCAGCAGCAAGGCCAAUCCUCACACCAACAGAGUCAGCAAAAUAUGGCAGCCACUGCUGUUCAACAGUUGCAGCAGACUCUGGCUUCUCAACAGGCGUCUAGUCAGAGUGUUCCUAUUAUGUCCAAGCCGUCAUCUAGUAGCCCUGCACCACCUAAUGGAAGUGGAAAUGGUACACCCAGUGGAGCUCCAGGAUCAAACACUCCAGCUAAUCCUAGCGGAGACGCAGCGAAGCCCACUGAAUCACCUAACCCUGCAAUGGAUGUGAUGCAAUCGCAUGGAAAUUCCGGUUUUUCGUCCUUUGCUCCGGGAGUUGGAAAAGUGAAGAGCAGCGACUCUCCAUGA